UUGCUACCAAUACUAUGUCUGUAUCUGAGAAGGGGCUUUAUAAAGCUAGGAUAUUUCGAGAAGCUAGUUAGGUUAAGCCAGAUCUUAUCGCGAGUGUUAGUUUUGGCACAAUGUUGCUUUGGGCUGGUCUUCUGGCCUGUGUGAGUGCAGUACUAGCAGUUCCUAUCUUUGCCCCUGUCUACCAGACAGCUAUUCACGCACCAGUUGCUGUUCAACCUAUUACUUAUCCCAGAUACGCAUUCAACUAUGGAGUAAAGGAUCCGCACACAGGAGAUAUUAAGUCACAACAAGAAGAGAGAAGUGGCGAUGUAGUAAGAGGAAGCUAUUCUCUAGUGGAGCCUGACGGAUCUACGCGCACGGUGACAUACACUGCUGAUGAUCAUAAUGGUUUUAAUGCUGUUGUACACAAAACUGGGCAUUAUACGCAUCCUGUACGGGUCCACACACCAGCAGUUCCCUUAGUACCUUCACUUCCGGCAUUCUUUGGUUAAGAAAAUAU